AGCAGGUGUGCAGAGUUUACACAGACCAGAGUGCUCUCACUCCAGCAGCUGUCAAGAUUCACACAUUUCCAGAGUCUUUUCUGAGCCUUUGGGACUUAGCAGCAGAGAAUAAGUCAUAACAAUGGCCAACUUUGGAGGACAUGCCAUUCCUGGCUCUUUUUUCCUCUUGUAUGGCUUUUGGCUAGUUGUGAAAUACGUUCUUCAACACUCCUGGAGGACAAGUCAGCCCAAAGGAAGACGGAUUAUGCCUCCUUUCUUUAAAAAAAUGGCCUACAUAGAGGGAGGAUUACAAAUCUUUGCUUCAUUUGUUGGUAUUAUGGUAGAACAGUUUGUGGUGGACGGUCCACAUGCCCACCUCUACAACACAGAGACCAAUUCAUGGGUCAAGCUGAUGAACUGGCAGCAUGGCACAAUGUAUCUGUUUUUUGGGAUCUCUGGAAUAGCACUGGUUGCCAGUACUGCAUGCAAACUGGUGCCAGCUGGUGUUGACCGCCUUACUCUCUCCUUGGCUCUUUUUGUUGAGGGGUUUCUGUUUUACUACCACGUGCACAGUCGGCCCCCUCUGGACGCUCACAUCCACUCCCUGCUGCUUGUGGCUGUGUUCAGUGGAUCGGCCAGCACCAUGUUGGAGAUUUUCAUAAAAGACAACAUUAUUUUGGAGCUGUUUGGAGCAUGCAUGUUCAUCCUGCAGGGCUCAUGGUUCUACCAGAUUGGAUUUGUACUUUACCCAUUAAGUGGACCAGAGUGGGACCUGAAACUGCACGACAACAUCAUGUUCAUCACAAUGUGCUUCUGCUGGCAUUUAGCUGUGGCCCUGCUUUUAGUCGCCUGCACCUCCUCUGUGGUUUGGUUCACAGUAAAGCGAUUCUCAGGAAGGGGACGGGACAUAGAAAUUGGAAUGCGAACUACAUCCUCCAAAGAAAGCUCCCAGAAAGCUUUGCUGGAAGAGUCGGAUGAAGAGUAAUUGUAUGUUUAUAAUCCUAUGAUGAUUUCACAUAAAUUUGAUUUCAUUUUCUAUGUUGAAGGUCUGUGAGACCAAGUCUGUUGUUUUGUACAAAGUGCUUUA